AUGUGCUUAUAUAUAUUUGAUGGAGCGUCCAUUAAGUUCUUUUUUAUAUUACACACAUUUCAUCACAGGAACUAUCUGCUUUUCUCUCCGUUACGGCCACUAACAGGAGUGCGCAUGUAUAGAUUGUUAUGCAAUAUAUCAUGCAUUCUCGAGUUUCUCGAAAAUCUUUUCCUUUUGGGAUUGACAGCAAUUUCUUCUAUCGAGAAUCACGGUCUUCACAAACUUUGUUUCUGUGGAUUUGCCAUAACAGCCACAAUAUAUAUGUUGCUUAGUACAUGGCUCUUUCAUUAUUCGGGAAGAAGACGUGCGACAAACUUGGGCGAACGAUCGUAUGAGUAUAAGAUUCUAGCUUGUGCUUGCUCCAUAAUUUCAAUGAUGCUUGCGACAUAUUUGUAUUGGAGGCACAACACCUACUGCGAGCCUGGAGUCUACACGAUGUUUGCGUUAGCUGAGUACUGUGUCGUGAUCGCUAACAUAGCUUUCCAUUCCACGCUAUAUUAUGACUUCAACGGCAAAAGCGUCAUACUGGGUUCGACUGUAGGAGUAGGAAGCAGCGGCUACACUCUGCUGCCCACCCACAUCGAAAAGGAUACGUGA